GUUUGCCACAAUGAGUUCGAAACGGAGGACAUUGAAACAAUCAUGGCACUCAAAUAUUUCACCACAGAAGAAAAAGACAAUGACGACGACGACGACGACGACGAAAGCAACGUCGACGACAAUGAAAAAAUCAAUGCUGUUGUUGUUAACGAUGACAGCCUCCUUAUUUCUUGUUGACCUCCACGUACAGCCGAUUUCUGCCGAAAACGCCAGCGACCGUGAUGACGUCAACAACCCGCACGCCUUCACCUUCAACGUUGCCGGCAGCUCCUUUGUCUCCUUCCACCCUGUCUAUUCAAACAAACAGCACCAACGGCUGGGAUUGAACUUCCGAACCUUCCAGUCAGACUCGAUGCUGCUCUACCACACCACUGACAAUGUCGAUCCCCAGCUGCAUCCUCUGCUCAAGAUCUAUGAACUAAGGGCGGAACUGAGGCAAGGGAGCCUCCACGUGCACUACCGUCUUAACGAGUUCCUUGACAAUUUUGUCAUUGGACAAAAUUUAAAUGACAAUGAGUGGCACAAGCUUGAAUUGAACAUGGAUAUCAAUACUGGAGGAUUUGCUGUGUCAUUAGAUUUCUACACUUCCCAGCAGGGGGAGCUCAAAGCCUUUGAACCUUUGAUCCGCCAAAAUGCCUUACAGUGGGAACAUUUGCCAUCUUCUAUAUAUUAUGGAGGCACUGAUGUACCUCAGAACUCUGAAUUUAUCUCGUUCAUUGGUUGUCUGAAGGACCUGAUGUAUGAGAACUCCGAUGGGGACUACAUUCAUGUACCCAUAGAGACGUCGCAGAAUGUGACAGAGGGGUGCCACCAUCAGUGUGACGAAGAGGAGAAUCCCUGUCAACAUAACAGCACGUGUAUUAACCACUAUGACCACGUCACAUGUGAGUGCUUUGGCACCGAUUACGAAGGGGAACUCUGUGAGAAAGAAGGUGUAACGAAAAUAACUCUGAGGGGUUACGAAUGGCUAACUUAUCAGUUGUACAUAGACAAACUCGACCCCGCCAUUCAGAUUGCCAGGGUCAGCAUGGAAUUUAAGACUGAACGUAACACUGGUAUACUGCUGUAUGCUGUGGGUGGCUCUCCGACCUACUCCCAUAUCAUUGCACUGCUCAACAGUGGUUUCGUCAAUGUGUCCAUCUCGUCUGAUAAUGUAGAUUACGAUUUCAGCAUUAGUGUAGAAAUGGACAAGGAUCGCCUCCAUGGGGUCCCUUCUUUGACCAUUGAUGGGGUCACGUUGAAUGCUGUGCCUUACGAUUACCAGAAGGUCGAGUUAAAGAGCAACAUCAUAAUAGGUUAUGAUUUCUCAGUGAAAAUGGGAUUUAUGGGAUGUAUCCGGAAUGUCUACCUCCAAGACAAAGCGGUUGACCUAAUUACCAUCGUCCAAUCAACAGCAUCCAAUGGACCUCAACUGGAUGGCUGUCCCCUUGAAGAUUUCUGCAAGAAACAAAUGAUAUGCGAGCACAACAGCAAGUGUGUGUCCGACUGGAGGGACAUGCAUUGUGAUUGCACUGGAACUGGUUACGAAGGGGAGACUUGUCACUUUGCCCAACACCGUCAAAACUGCAACGACUACUACCUGGCCGGAAUGCGCAAGUCUGGCGUCUACCCUGCCGAUUUGGAUGGCAAUGGACCGCUGCCCCCUACAUACAUCACCUGUGACAUGCAAUCGAAGAAGAUGGUCAGUGACCACGAAGCUGUGUAUGGCGUCACUAUCGUCACGCACAACCUGAAGAAUAACUACACUGUACAGUCUGUGAAGUUACCUGAUCUCAAAAUGACUAUUUCAUACAGAGAGAUGAGCAAGAAACAUCUGGCCCUGUUAGCUUCCCAGUCUGCCUUCUGCGAGCAGAGAAUUGAGUAUCAGUGUUACGAUAUGCCUAUACGAUACCUAUCCACAUCUAUGCUUAUCAUUUCAGGCCAAGGAAUCUGGCAAAAGGACUCUGGAGUGAUCCAAGACAAAGAGCAAGUUCCUAUCACUGAUAUCUAUGCUGAAAGACAUGAAAGCAUUCCUCAUGGAAUUGGUACGGUCAGUUUAGGACCAUUGAAAUGCUGGGGCGACAGGGUCCAUCAACAGGUGAAAGCCAUCACCUUCAAGUCCCGUGAGUCGUACCUGCAGUCACCAGCCUGGACGUAUGAAGACCUCCAUUUCUCAUUCCGCACUUUCAACGAGCGGGCCCUCCUUGUCUACCAGACCGACGGCAAUGGAAGCCACAUUGUCAUUAAGUUGGAAUCAGGUAACACCAUCAAGUUUGAGGCAUUGCUCGGUAAAAACCUCACUGAAAUCACCCUGCGUUCUGACACUCGAGUGGACGAUGGCCAGUGGCACAUUGUGAAACUCGAGCACGACAACUACAACAUUCGUAUGACAUUUGGCAUGAAGAGAGAACUGCGAAAAUUUCCCUCAAAAUUGUUGAGCAUGUUUCCUUCAGAUGUCUUCAUGUAUAUUGGUGGAGCCCCUUCUGACCUCAAGCAUGUAGCAACUCUACCAGGUCUGGCCGGAUGCAUCAGGGAUCUCGUCUACAACAACCAGAUUGUUAAAUUGGAUCUGCCUGGCAUACAAAGAGUUGGUGAAAUCUACCCUGGUUGCAUUGCAGCAUGUGAACGAGAACCCUGCCAGAACGGUGGACGAUGCGUAGAGUUGUGGGGUAGCUACGACUGCAUCUGUGAAAACAAGUGGUCCCAUUUGGGCUUUGAUUGUGACCAAAAUAUCGACAAGGAUACAGUGACCUUCACAGGGAAAGAGGACUCUUUCCUCUUCUUCGACAAGACACAGCAGCCCAGUAUCAUGGACGAAACAAUCGUGGUCAGUUUCCGCACAAGAAAGAUGGACGCCCUCUUGCUCUAUCUCUAUGACAACUUCAACAACUUUGUCCAGCUGGAGCUACAGGAAGAAAAAAAAAUCAUCUUAACUUUUAACUCAUUUUCCUAUGUCCGCACUGGCAUACUCGAAUAUCCAGGUGACUACUACUACUACUACUACUACUCAUGCACACAAAUGCUAGUGUAUGUGUGUAGAUAUAUGUAUGUAUGUAUGUAUGUGUAUAUACUAAUCACCCCUUACUCCCUACCAAUUUCCAUUUCAGUGUCUGUGAUGCCGCCAACACCAAACCCUUCAAAGAAGUUCGUUCACAUGUAUGUGGGUGGAGUGCCAUUUCCUGACACCCAAGUGCCCAACUUGGCCGGUUGUAUUCGGGGACUGAAGAUCGGCAGCGAUGUCUUCUACCUGAGGAAGUCUAGCCGCAAUAAAGCAAGUGUGAAGAAGGAGUGUAAGGCAGGGUGUGGCAUCAACCCCUGCCUCAAUGAUGGCCACUGCACAAACCUGUGGGGCAACAAGGAAAUCUUUUGUGACUGCAGCAUAAGCAGCUUCACUGGAAGAUACUGCACUCUCGAACCCUGCGGUGAAUUUCGCGGUGAUACCAUCCUACAGUACAAGUUUGACCCCAUCAGAUAUGCAGCUGCCAAGACCGACAAGGAGAAGCUGUUUGUUAGUUUUGCGACCAACGUCACCGGACCUGGCAAAUACGUCCUUGUCGAUGUGUAUAGUACCACGCUCCAAAUUGAUGACAAAAUUCAGAAAAGUCUCUACCCUCAGCAUCCUCUCGAUAACAUCAACCACAUUCGAGUCGGGUCGCCACGGCAGAAGCUGUUGGAUGAGGAAGGAGACAUCUAUAAGAAGUUUGUAGGAAGAAUUUACAAUGUCAUCUACAACCCACAAGGUGUUCCUAUCUAUCCACUGAAGGCCUACCUCGACCGAGGAGACUCCAAGAAGGUUCAAAUCUUGACAGGAGCUUUAUACAACUGCAGCGUGUCUGACUAUGUUCCACCCACAUAUAACAUCCAAACUGAAACCACUGUCCCCACAACCACCACUCUGCCACAUCGGACAAUGACAAUGCCGCCCUGGGACAACUGGGGCGUGGACGUGUUCUACAUGAAAACCCUCUCCCCACCAAUCACUGUGCCAACCACGACCACGACCACCACCACUACCACCACCACCACCACUGUUGCCACGACUACACUCAAUCCCCCUAACUUCAACUCCAGUAAAAUCUACAUUCCUGCCAUGGCAGAUGACAUGACCAUAGUGCUUAUAGUCGGACUAGUGAUCACAGCCGUACUGCUACUGACCAUCGUCGGAAUCCUGCUGAUGUGUUUCCUGAAGAAAGGUGACCGCUAUCCGUUAGGCAAGGGCGAAGAUGUUGAGCUGAAGGAGCCGUUGCACCCGGUGGGCAAUCACACCCCGUCCAGUCCUGCCCCGGUCAGCAACCACAAUAAUCACAUGGCCACAUUUGAUGAGUUUAGUAUGAUCACGACCCUCCUAAACAACGGGGUAGACAUACCAGCGAAAGACAACAGCUACGACCCAGCCAACAGAAUCUCCACCUCCAGUAUACCCCCUCUAGCUACAUCUAUCUGACAUACUCUUCUCUCUCUCUCACUUCCUCCUCUCUCUCUCACUUCCUCCUCUCUCUCUCUCUUUCUCUCUCUCUUCCUCUCUCUCUCUCUCUCUCUC